AUGGGAUUCUUGGGAGUAGGAGAGCCGCUGGACUGGCACAGCUCCCUUUUGUAUCAGGCUGCUGUCAAGCGCAGAGGCAUUCGGCAGUUUCUGCAGCUGCUUAAACAGUUUAAAGACUAUGAAGGGCCUCUCAAGUGGGGAGACGAGAUCGAAGUUUUCCUUGUUCGCGUCGACCCUUCCACCAGGCAGAUACGGCUCGCACUUGACGCUGGGCCGUCCAUCCUUAAGAUGAAGGCGAGCGAGGCUGCUGCCACUCCCCAACAGCAUCAGGAGGGGGAAAACAUCACAUCAUCUCACGAGCGCUCUUUGUGGCACCCUGAAUACGCAUCCUACAUGAUCGAGGCAUUGCCUGGCGCGGCACUCAACUUGCAACCCGAAAGCUGGCUGCUUGUAGAACAGUCCAUCCGCAGUCGCAGAAGGAAACUUUUGUCUUGUCUGGAGCCGCACACCUCGCCGCUCUUCAUGACUUCUUUCCCCCUCCUGGGAGUUGACGUCCAGCCACGCGAAAACUCCGGUGGCAACGACCCUUCCCCGGGAAAUUUCGCCUACCCAGCGUCGCCUGCCGACCCUCUGCAUUCUCUCAGUCAGAGCAUCUUUCUCGGGGAUGAAGUCAUUAAUCCGCACCCCCGCUUCGGCACGCUUACCGCCAAUAUCCGGAGGCGAAGAGGCUGCAAAGUACAGAUUCUUGUUCCUUUGUAUAUGGACCGCGGUGUCUGCGUAGACACCUCGCGGAAGGUGCCCAAUCAGCCUCUGUUUGACGCGGCGCUUGGAGGCAGGCAGUGCAUUUUGUACCAUGACGAAGAGGGGAGAGACUCGCAGUCAGGACUAGCCAAGAUGCAUGAAGAUCAGGCACUCAUCAAUCAGGGGAACUUGUACAUAUAUAUGGACGCCAUGUGCUUUGGCAUGGGUAUGAACUGCGUCCAGGCGACGUUUUCAUGCAAAACGAUCUCCGAUGCACGCUAUCUCUAUGACCAGCUGAUCGUCGUGGCGCCGCUCGUUCUUUCUUUGACGGCAGCGACGCCUUUUCUUCGUGGCUGCGUAGCAGCAACGGACACCCGAUGGGAUUCUAUUAGCAUGGCAGUGGACAGUCGACGGGCUGAUGAAAUGAAGAGCAUCAUCAAGUCACGGUAUUCCGCGAACUCGCUUUACAUUAGCGACAAGCCACAUCUUUUCGACCGGCUGGGGAAGCUGAACGAUCUGGAGCUGACGGUGAAUGAGCGCGCGUACGAUGCGCUUGUUCGUUCGGGUGUUGACUCGCUCCUAGCCAGGCACGUGGCGUUACUCUUUGUUCAUGAUCCGCUUGUAAUAUUCAAGGACCGCGUCAUGAAAGAAGGGCAAACUGAAGGCGACAUUAUCAGGGAGGGCGACACGGACUGGGGAAUGGAUGAUGGAAUAGUUUAUGAAACAGCCGAGGAUUUUGAGAACCUGCAAAGCACGAACUGGAAUGCAGUCAGGUUCAAGCCCCCGCCGCAGUUCAUGAGGCCGACUUCGUCAGAUCUCGGUGACACAUCACUCAUUGGAUGGCGCGUGGAACUGAGAACACCAGAAAUCCAGCUGACAGACUUUGAAAAUGCAGCUUGCAUUAGUUUAAUCGCUGCAGUUGUUCAGCUGAUACUCGAAGAACAAGUUGAACUGUACAUUCCGAUUUCCCUGAACGACAUCAACAUGCAGCGUGCAGCCAAGUUGAAUUCAAUUUUGAACCAGCGCUUCUGGUUCCGUCGUGACAUCAGGGCGAACGCGAACGAUUUGUCCUAUGCCGAGUUUUCUUUGCACAGCAUUCUAUUCGGGGAAGCGGGUCCAGCGGAUACAAACGUCUCCGAUGCAGUGUUUGGUCCUGCUCUUUUGAGGUUGUGUAAGCAGAUGUUCGAGGGGAAAGUAAGGAAGGGGCACUGCUCAGCGGAAGCUCUCAAUGCGUUCAUGGAGAUGUACAAUUUGACGUACCUUCGGACUUCCGGCGAGCUCCCAACCGACGCAGCCUUCCUUCGCGCCUGUCUGUCAGCGCAUCCAGAGUACCGCGGUGACUCUGUGAUAUCCCCAGGUGCAACGUACGAUAUUUGCCAGCUGGCGAUGCGACUGGGAAACGGAGAGCUGGAAAUUGCCGAGCUCCUCGGCCCCUUCGCCCGCCGCUACGGAAGCGCGAAAGCGCGAACGAUUCGUGUGUCCAACAACUGUACAAGCUCUUGUGCAAGCAUUGAUCCGGAGGCACUCCUCCUUGGCAAAGGGCGUAUUGCAGCUUCGUUGCAGCAUCCGGAUAUCCACGAGCGGCUGCGACUGUAUAUGCUCCAGAAACCAGCUGUGUCGCAGCAGCAAGCAUGCGCGAGGUCCGAAGGUUCCUGCAGCGGGAUUUCCAGUGCUCAACAGCAGUGUGCCUUUGGGGAGCAGAUGAGCGAACUGGCUAGUGCCGAAUUCGUCGGCAGCGAGUGA